UAUCUAUAUAUAUAUAUAUAUGUCUCUCUUUAAAGGCUGUCAUGUGGUUGAUGGCUUUAGUGCCUACAAAUUUUGUACCUUCUCUGCAAUCUGACCAAUUUCAGUUAUGGAAGUUUCCAGAGGAUUGAUGCACCCAGCUGUAUUUUCUUUCCUUUUGGAUUUUGGAUUAUGGAUUUUGUGUCUAUUUUUAUAUUUUUCUUUCCUUUUUUGUGAUGCAAACCAAGUGUGUGUGAAAAUGCCUCAAUGGACUAAGAUUGUGAAAUUUAGUGAAUGAUUCUUCUAUAGGCUAAUGUAGUUGUUGCUUAUUGUUCUCUAGGCCUUUUUUUUAUUUCAGUUUUAAAUUUGGAAGUAUAUAUUAUGGAAUGACCUAAAUAGUUGAUUCUUUGAAGAUGAAUUUUUUAGAUAAUAUUUUUAAACAUUUUAUUCCUAAAGAUGAUAUGAAUCUUAAUUUUUAUUUUGUUGCUCCUUAAUGAUAAAUUGAGGCACCUAGCCAUUAUGAAGGAAAGUAUAUAGAAUAAUUUAUUGGAGUAUCUCCAAAUGCAGCUCACGGAUAGGGCUAUGGACGAGGUUGGAGGGCUUGGGCUUGCAGAGGGUCAUGGAUGGCUCGGUCUCACGGAGAGGUGAUGGGUCAAAACUUGAAAAACUUGAAAAGUAGGAAACCUCGCUGAACCCAUUAUUUUCAUGUUGCUGACCAACAUGGGAAGGUGGUCAGUACAAUGGCGAUGAAAAAAUGCGACAGGAUGCACUUCGAUUGGCCAUGGAAUACGGGGCUGAUUACAUUGAUGUUGAGCUCCAGGUUGCUCAUGAAUUCAUUCAAUCCAUAGCUGGAAAGAAGCCUGAAAAUUUUAAGAUUGUUGUUUCUUCUCAUAAUUAUCAAAAUACCCCAUCUAUGGAGGAUCUUGGUAAUCUUGUUGCAAAAAUACAAGCAACUGGAGCUGACAUAGUGAAGUUUGGAACAUCUGCCUUAGAUAUAACUGAUGCGGCACGUGUUUUCCAGAUAACUGUGCAUUCUCAGGUUCCAAUAAUAGCACUGGUUAUGAGCUUCUACAUUUAUACAAUUUCAGACAGAUAGGGCCCGACACAAAAGUGUUUGGUGUUAUUGGAAAGCCAGUUGGCCAAAGCAAAUCACCAAUUUUGUAUAAUGAGGCCUUCAAGUCAGUUGGUUUUAAUGGAGUUUAUCUG